GGCUGCGUAUGGCGCAUGCGCACACACGGUCGAGUGGACGUUAACCCAAAGCUCUCCUGCUUUUCUCUUUUAAUCGCUUUAAGAGUAAGAUAAACGUUCUAGCUGCUUCUGUAUUGUUCCAACUACGUACGGCGGAGGUCUGAGGGGUCCUGCAUGAACCUCGGACCCUCGGAAGGGCUUCCUGUGUGAGGAUCAGAGGAGGGGAAUCAUCCGCUACUCUGUUAGGAUUUGUCAUCCCUGGUGCGUCUGGAGCUCCAGUAAAGUGAAGCUCGACACGUCCCACAGAGCGACGGCUCAGGGUGACAGGUUAGGCUGACAGGUGGGUCGUGGAAGGUGUAGGGACCAGUGAGCGUGAUGGGCAACAGCGCGAUCAAGGCCCACCUGGAGACAUCCCAGAAGACCGGGGUCUUCCAGCUGACCGGGAAAGGACUGCAAGAGUUUCCUGAGGAGCUACAGCGGCUGACGGCUAACCUGCGCACCGUGGAUGUUUCUCACAACAAGAUCGAGGUGCUCCCGGCCUCCAUCGGAAACUUCCUCCAGAUGAAGAGUCUCACGCUCAACUCCAACAAACUCACCAGCCUGCCUGGUGAGCUCAGCAAGCUGAGGAAGCUGGAGACCCUGAGUGUGAGCGGGAACCAGAUCACGGGCCUCCCGUCCGCCCUGGGCCAGCUCCGGGCCCUGCGCACCCUCAACCUGUCUGGGAACCAGAUCCGAGAGUUCCCCCCAGGCCUGGGGACCCUGCGCAUGUUGGACCUGCUGGACCUCUCCAAGAACCACAUCCGGGUGGUCCCCGUGGAGGUCUCCACCCUGCAGGCCAUCGAGAUCAACCUCAACCAGAACCAGAUCUCGGAGGUGAGUGCAGAGGUGGCCCGCUCCCCGCGCCUCAAGGUGCUGCGCCUGGAGGAGAACUGCCUGGAGCUCUCCUCCAUCCCCGUCGCCAUCCUCAGCCAAUCACAGGUCUCCCUGCUCUCGCUGGAGGGGAACCUCUUCCAGGUCAAGAGGAUGAGGGAGCUGGAGGGAUACGAGCAGUACAUGGAGCGCUUCACAGCCACCAAGAAGAAGUUCUCCUGAGAGGUCAGGAGGACGUCCGACCUCUGACCCCUACCAGCUGCCCGCGCUUCAAAUCAAACUUUAUUCAUAAAGACUCAGGCUACAAAGACCAGCAAGAUACCCCCGCCAAGACGACCCCUGGACACCGCGAAAACACACUGUACACACACACACACACACACACACACACACACACACACACACACACACACACACACACACACACACACACACACACACACACACACACUCAGCAGUCCGUUUAACCGUGGGUAACGAGGUAUUAACUCUGAUCUCAGAGAUGUUAUAUCCCUUUGUUCCUUUCCUUUAUGAAUUUAACCUCACUUUAAACCCAGAGUUUCAGCCAAGUUGUACUGGGAAUGUUCUGCAAAUGUGAGGCCGUCCAGCUGAAGCUAAUGCUAACAGAGUAUUGACGGGAGCGGUCGGUGGGCACACCUCACUGAAAUAUGCAUUUGGGAACACAUUAAUCACACUGUGAAACAGGUUAUUGAACUAAUCAUACGUUUCAUUGAAGGAGUUUUGCUUCCUAAUGUUUUCCAACACCUCUUUUCCCAGUUUAACAGAACACUACUAGUCUGACCGCGUGUAUAACUUGUAAAUUAUGGAUGCCUCAAAACGAAAAGUGUUAUUUAAAAGCUGUUGCAUUGUAAUAUAUCCAUUAAUAAAAUCACGAAUGACUAGAACCUCCACCCUCCACUCAUGGUGAUCCUGUGGGAGUGAAUGCAGUUUGAAACAUAAAUAUAGUCUCUAAUCAAACUAUCAUUAAUGACUGUAACCGGUGCUGGCUGUCGGUGGGUGCUCACUA